CUAGAUUGAGAAACAUGGCCUAACCUAUAAUGCCAUAGAUUGUACGUUUGCGUUGUGCUUGAGGCAACAACACCUGAAGGACUACUAACAUAACUUCUAUUCAGUUUGUAGAGACCAUGAUGGAGCUCAGCAGAAUCGAUCCUUUGCAUCCUCGAUAUGUCCUGUAAUAAAAAAGGAAUAAGAAAACAUCAAGCUCAGUUGAUUUCUCUGAGUAAGGUGACCUCUUGGGAAGUCCUCGUGUUGCACCCCUAAAAGAAAGGAACAUAAUUAAAGUGUGAUUGAGUAAAUGAAACAAAAAAAAAAAAAAACGCGAGAGAGUUCCUCUCGCCUUCUCCAGGGAUUCUGAACGGCCGCCCACCGCUCGCCUUCCUUCGUCAUUUCUAGGGCUUCUUCUUGCUUUUAGCUUCAUCUCGAUUGUUGAUCUUGCACCCGGAUUUGGGUUAACUGUGUCAAUAUUCUGGCGAUCUUGUGCGAUCUGCUUUCAGAUCGGAUUUCUGUUGGUGGGGAUCUAUUGGUCCUUAUCCUUCUCUAUUUCGUUUCUGCGAACAAGAGUGGCAUGGAUUCACCGUUGGAUUGUACGGAGGAGGGUUUUCACCCUGCUUUUGUUUAGUGCCGUGUGGUUUCAUUCGAUCCCCGUAUCUUGUUGGGAUUUGAAUCGGUGGAUUUGGGAAGGAUCCGAACGGAAACGAGUGAGUCGGCAGCCUUAUCCCCCCUGUGGCAAUUGGGAUUUCAGAUGUUUGUUAUAAAUCACCGAGAGCUGGGCUGGAAUGGCUUCUCCUCUUACUCGUUUGCUCGGAUUCAUCUACUGCAUCUUCUUUUGGGUGCGUUUGUUGCUCUCUGUUCUACUCUUUUGUGUGCAUGUGACUGGGCCAUGUUGAGACCCUAUUUUGUAACCCUUAAUUUGAGCCUGAUCUGGGUUUUGGCUCUGUGUUUGCUUGUUAUCACUAUGUUUCAGAUUCUUCAGUUUGUCAAGAGCUCCCUUGCUAUCAUGGAUCCCAUGGAUGUGGACCAGGUGGUGAUAUUUGACGAUGAUGAUGUUGAAGAGAGCCUGGAACGGGUGCGUCUUAGCCUGCUGGGUCGAUUCUUCAGUGAAGCUACCCCGAAUCGUGUGGUGUUCCAACGAAUCAUCAAUGGCCUUUGGCGGUGCCAAGCCCCAGUGACAGUGCUGGAAGCUGAUCGUGGUCUCCUUCAAUUCCUCUUUUCGGAUGCUGGUGACAAAGAGAGGAUUCUGCUACGAUCCCCCUGGAUAAUCAAGGAUCAUGUUCUUCACUUGGCUGAAUGGCGUCCGGUUACUCCUGAGGUGGUUCGUUCUUUGACGUUUGUCCCGUUCUGGAUCCAAAUGCGGGACAUUCCAUCCCACUGCAGGACAAUGCACUUUGGAAGAAGGAUGGCAGGGCGCGUUGGUGAGGUGUUGGAGGCUGGACUGUUUGGAGUUCGUGGAGACCCUGGUUUCUUCUUCAAAGCAAAGGUCCUUGUUGACCUGGAGGCUCCUUUGCGAACCAGGUUAUAUGCUAGCAAUCAAAUUCAUGGAGGCUUUUGGAUCAAUCUUAAUUAUGAACGUCUCCCACUCUUUUGCUAUAAUUGUGGAAGGGUUGGUCAUGCUGAACGUCAAUGUGAGGCUGCUCGAUUCCAGGGUAAUGAGUCUUAUGGGGCCUCUCUGUUGGUGGAGCCUGCUAGUCAUCGCCUUGAUGAGCAGACAUUGCUACCGGUGCGGGCUGUUUGGGUGAACCCCAAUGCUGGAGGAGCAGGAUCGAGCUCGGGUGGAGCUAGGCUCACAGCUGCUGGUGAUGUGCAGAUGGUGGAUCAGCCAAGGGUGCCUCCCCCUAGACCACCAGCGUCUGGCAUUCCUAGGCCUGGUCCUCAACCUUCUCAGGAGCAACGGAGGCCUAACUUACCAGCUGCUGGGAGUACUAAUGAAAAUCAUGCUGUUGAUUCUGAUUUUGUAGGUGUGGAGACUUUCCUCCAAGGCCGGUCCUCGCCUCGUUUACGCUUGGAGGACUACCUAGAGACGGGGAUCCCCCCGCGACAAGCUGCUAUCUCAGUUGAGGUGGCUGGUAAUGUGUCUUCCUAUCGGCCAAGUGCACCGGUGGAGAAAGCGCCUGACCUGCCAGGGAGGUUGACAGCUGCUGAGAAAGGGAAAGGUGUGCUGGCGGAGGGGUCUUCUCCGAAGCAGCCUCGUCGUCGUUCGCGGGCAGCGGGUAUUGUGAUCAAUGAAGCUGGCGGGAGUCCUCGUGUCACUCCCCCUCGGCCCAAGCCGGGGUUUCAGAGGGCACUGGGUGAGUUGGAAGAAAUGCUGUUCGAGAGGAAACGGCCUGUGGAUGAGGUUAUGGAAGAUGGGGAGGAUCCUUCUGGUCCUCCCAAGCGCUUGUGUGUGUCUGACGAGGAAACGGAUCCAAAGUCGGUGGAGGAAGCCAGCCGGGAGUGGCUCCACCCCGAUAAAUGAAGAUAUUGUCGUGGAAUUGUCGCGGGUUGGGACCGCCCGAGACAAUUCAGAGUCUAGUAGGUUUGAAUAAUCGUUUUGUUCCAGA